UCUACAUUACAUAUUAAGUCAGUCAAAAAGUUUAAUUUUGUCUACGAAACCUAAAUAUAAGCAUUUAUUUAGGCCUAAAUACAGCUUGGUGGGUGGAGUGGCCCUUAAUUACAACAAGGACAACAGUGGAGUCCUUCAGAAUAAUGGAAGAUUUGUUGUUCAGCUUUAAUGCGGUGGAAGUAACAAACCACCCAAAUAACCCACAUGCUGAGCAUCCUCACUUCUCCCUGUACAAGGCUAAGAACACUGGCUCAUCACAACAUGAGCGUAGAAAAAGAGUACUGGAGGCAAGGAAAGAGGCUCGUUAUGAUUUGCUGAUGCAUCUGCGAAGUAUAGAAGAGGAGUCGGCAGAAUCAUCUGACUCCUCAGUUGAUAACAUGGAAUGUGAACAGAUUCGAAAGUGUUACUCACGGCCUAGAAAAUAUCGUAACUUUCUCAUGUUAAGUGAAUGGCUGGUGGAUGUGCCAGAUGAUUUUGCUACAACUUACUUUGCUUUACCAUGUCCAGUUGGAAAACGAUCUCUUAUUGUCUCUGCCAGGGGAAGAACGCGUGCAUAUUCAAAAUCUGGCGUCAUGGUAAGCCAGUUCCCUUCGUUGCUGCCUGGUGGCAACCGCCACACAUGUUCUAAAGGGUAUGCCUUGCUAGACUGCAUAUGGUCUGAAGUCAACAAGACGUACUAUGUUUUAGACCUUAUAGUUUGGGUCAACCAGUCCAUCAUGGAGUGUGAGACUUUGUUUAGAUUUGAGUGGCUGAAAUCGAGAAUAUUGGAAGAAACACCUGAAGUAUUAGAAGUAUCAAGACUUAAUCCAUAUAGAUUUGAAUGCAUACCAUUCUAUGAUUGCACACCUGAAACGUUGGCCAGAAUGAUUAGCGAACCACUGCCAUUUACGGUACCGCUUGAUGGAAUUCUAUUUUAUCACAAAGAAAGUCAUUAUACUCAUGGUCCCACUCCUUUAAUUGGCUGGCUAAAAGCAUACAUGUUUCCAGAAAUUUUAGGUAUUGCAGUACCAGAGCAUUUGUUGUCAGAGAGACCUGCAAAGUAUAUCAACCUUCCUGCACAUAUCCAGUAUGGAAAAGAUAAAAAAGAAAAAGGAAAGCCAAGAAGUGAAAAGAUGGAAGUUAUGUGCGCAGAGAACAAUAGGAAAAACAAAGAGUCAUUAAUAACUGACACUAUAGAGACUCAGAUGGAAUCAUCAGCUACUUAGCUUGUGGGGGAAGCUGUGGUCAGCAUCUGUGACUACAGCAUAUGGUAUUGGCAAUAUAUAUAGUAGAUUAAUUGAAAUAUUGUGUGGUAAGUUUUCAUAGUUACCCGUCUUAACCUGAGAAAAUAUAUCAUACCGUGAAAAUUUUUCUUAUGGACUUUUACAGGUAUCAUUUGUCCAUGCAUGUUUUGUACGUCUGCAUUCAAUAAGCUAGAGGAAACAUUAAUUUACAACUUCUUGGUUACCUAGAAUUUUUGUCAUCUGGCCAGUUAUAACAAGUGGUACAUGUUGUUAUAACUGGCUGAGAAUCUCCCUGUCCCUCCAUGUAAAUAUAGUUUAAUCCAUUUUUUAAAUAAUUUGUGCUUAAAUUUUGAAGGAGUUGUCUUCAAACUUGAGAGACAUGAUUAAAAAAAAAAUUGCUCUUGGGGAAAUAAAAGCUAGUCUGGCUAGACGAGUAUGUCUUGUCUGGCUGGUCUACAUUUCAAGCAAGUCUAGAUAGUUGUAAUUAUUUUGACAGUGAUUAUGUAUGAAUGAUGGUGAAAGUGUUGAACAAUGAUGAAAGUUUUUUCUUUCUUCUUGAGUCCCCCUGCUUUGGUUGGAACAGCCGACGUGUUACAAAAAAUUAAAAAAAAAAAAAAAAAAAAAAAAAAAGUCGGUCACAAUGAAGCCAAAGUUUAAACUGGUCUGUGUUUAUGUAUCUUAAUCUUGUCCGUAACCUGUUUGGAAUUUUUAUUAACCCUUAAACUGUCCAAACGUAGAUCUACAUUUGUUCCCGUAGCGCUCCAAAUGUAGAUCUACGUUUUUUUUACAUGCUUUCUUAUAAAGAAAAUCAAGGUUGGAGCACUACGCUUGCAAACAUAGAUCUAUGUUUGCACAGUUUAAGGGUUAAAUUGGUUUACAGCUUGAGGCAUUAUAAAUAAAAAAAUGUGUAUUUUUUCUAGGGCAUCACUGAGCUUAAAACCAAGAUCACAGAUAUAUAAAGGUCAGAGGUCAUUUUAAUAGUGUUUAUUUCUCUGCUUGCACAUCCAAUUUCAUGUGCUUUAAGAUAAAAUAGAGAGAGCAAGGCAAGCUUUUCCUGGCCAGUAUUUCACUGAGUUUUAUAAACCAAGUUUUAAAGAAACACGUGUAACUAUAAUUUAUAUAUUCCCCGAGAGUGUGAGAAAAGGUUUAGUAGUGACAAGUGAGAUGAGACUAAAUAAUUAGAUUAGGGUUUUUUUACCCAUUUUGAUAGUUAAGCUAUAAGCAGUGCAAAACUAAAAGCCCACCUUCAUGGAAGUCAUCACAAACUCACUGUAAACUUAAGUACUCGCUUAAAGCCCUUAAUACUUUAUGUACACUUUUUUUAACAUGGCCAUUUCCCGAGAAGUUUAUGACCUUACAAAAGAAAUACCCUCACUGUCUUUCAUUCAGUCACAGCUCAGAUAUCUUUCCAAACAGCAACAUACCCACCCUCCCUCCCUGCUUCAGUGUAGGCACUGCACUUCCCACCACCAGGUCUCAAGUCCUGCUUAACAUUAUUAUUUUUUCACAUGGGUAAUACCUAGUACUUAUAAAUGUUAGUGAAUAAACAGGUCAGGGUUGUUGUUGUUAUUGCUGUUCAGUCAGGGAAUGUAUAAACCUAUUAAUGUAUAAACCUGUUGGUCAUUCAGUGAUACACGGCAAGGAUGAGGCUGACAGCAACAUCUACACAAUUCCAUGUGACACUUGAUAUAUCCACACUGGAAAUCAAAUAUGCACAUGAUUGCAGAACCUGUAACACAAGCAAUGCAUGUUGCCCAGAAGCUGCAGUUAUACACAUGACACUGUUGAAAAGAAUUGGGAGUUCUUGGCAUUGUGCAGCCUUUUUAUUGCUACUUAUUUUCCAAGACCACAUUUAGACAGUGACCUAAUGACAUAAAAGCCUGUCGUCUAUUGACAACACAUCUUCCAACACCACGUCUCACCUACUGCAAUGGAAUAUAAAAAUUGUAAUUGUGCUCCUCUGUAACACUAUACAACUUAAACCUCAGUGAAACUUUCUUUGAUAAAUGCUCAUCUUGCCAAGUGUCUUUAUUUUAUCCAAAUUGUCAGGAAUUUGUCAGUUUUUUAUUCAGUGUAAUCUCCUUUCAGGCUUCACACUUUUGUAUUCAUUUUAUUUUUUGUCUUUAGAUGUUAACAUGUUACAUUAUACAUGUUGCCCCAACAGUAAGUAGGUAACUUACGAAAUCAUAAUGACACAAUUGCAAACAAACCAUGGUACGGGCGAGGACUGAACUCUUGACUAGCGAGUCAUAAAACUCCAGACUAAUGCGUUAACCACUGGGCUAGUUGGCUACAGUAAGAUUCAUCCAAUUAGGUAUAUUUAUACAGCAUAGGCACCAUCUGUAAAAACUUGCAUUUGUGGUCACAUUGGUGCCUAUGCUAACCUUCCUAUGGUGUGUAUUAUUAUUAUAAUCAAGGAGGAAAUGCAAAACCUGUAGGAUUAUACAGCAGCCUGUGGGGGGGAUGUGGAAGGUAUUCAGGCUUAAUUCAGGGAACUGGAACACAGCUUCAAUUCCCUACAUCAGGAUCCCCUCACCAGCAUCAAGGAACCUUCCUUGAGGGGCCUAUGGUGUAUAAAUAUACCCAGUUGGACGAGUCUCAUUGUAGCCAGCUGGCCCAGUGGCUUACAUGUCGUUUUGAAGUUUUACGAAUCCCUAGCCACGAGUUCAAUCCCCUGCCCAUACCAUGGUUAAUAAGUAGGUACCUGGGUGUUAAUGACUAUUUUAGGUUGCAUCCAAAGGGGGGUGUUAAUGACUAUUUUAGGUUGCAUCCAAGGGGGGUGUUAAUGUACCUUAGACAGGGCUUGGCUUUGCAGUGAACUGAGGUAGGAUAACAGCUUUUAGCCUGUAAAUUAAAGUGUAAAAAAAAAAUGUGUUCUGCUAUGUAUUUCAUUAACUAAAUUUUUAUUUUGGCACUUCUUCAGAAUGGCCAGUGUGUACAUUUUAUAAAUACAGGUCCAUAUCCCUUGAUCUGAAAUUCGAAAAACUGAAGUUUUUUCGUGGAGUGUGGAGCAUCGGUCAUCUCCGUGCUGGGUCACGCCGCCACGUGGCGGCCUUGAGAAUCGUUCUGAAAUUCAAAACAGUACAGGUCCCAAGGGUUUUGGAUAAAGGGAUGUGCACCUGUAUUGGUUCUUUUCUUAUUACUCCAUUCAUUAUGCCUCUCGUAGAAAGUGAUGAAGAAUUUGUAGUUUUGUAUCCAGAUAUGUUGCUUUUACAAAGCCUACAUGAAUCUGUAUUUUUUCUUGGUUAAACCAGUUAAGUUUUAAUAUCCCAACAGUACCUUAAUGAAUAUACUUCAGAUGGAAAAUGCAGUUAACCAUUUUAAUUUGACUAAUAUUUUAGAGAGUAGCUUUCAAGCCUUCUAGGUCUUUGUCUUAAAAAUUAUCUAGACACCAUAAAGUGAUGAAUGACCAGUGCAGGUUUUGCGUGUUUUCCUAGUGAAUGCUGUACAACAUAAUUUAGCACUAUUCCUCACGCCCUUCUAGGAGGGAAAGGGGCUGGCAGAGGCGCCUUGGUCCAAGGUGCAUUGUUGUCCGAGGAAUUGCAGCUACCCUUUCCUUCCUUCAACCUAACUUGAUUACUUCUUGUUCUCCAGGUACUGUAUGACCCUAUAGGUUUAGGCUUUUUCUCCAUAAUUUAAUUAUGUAACCCAAUGAGCAACACCACUUUUGAUAGUGAUUUAUGGAUCUUUAUUAUCUUGUGAAUUAAAGUCAGUACAGAAAAUAACUUUAAUCAGCCUUUCUCAACUCUAAAUUAUUAUUAUAAUCAAAAAGAAGCACUAAGCCACAAGGGCUAUACAGCUCUCAACUCUAAAGCAUUUAGAUAUAAAAAAAAAAAAAAAUUAAUUCAGUGUUACUUUUUCAACGAACCUGAGAAAUGCUUUAAAUUAUUCACAGAAUUUUAGUUCACAGUUG